AGUGUUGGGAGCUUUCGGGAGUAGGAGCUUAGCACCCGGGAGUAUUGUGGAAGGGGAGGCCUGAUGUUGUGAAGGAUCGGGCAGGAGAGUACUUGAAUUUAAAGACACCUGAGAGAGAUCCUCGGGUUUAAGGGUAUUGGGGAAGAGAGGAUUUCGGAUUUAUGGUUUACAGAUUGAAGCCCUAGGGCCCGGGAGUGGAGCCAGGGUGCGUCCCUGUUUUCUCUUUCGCUGCCCACCUACAGCAGCUUGAUUUACAGCACCACAGAUUAACCUAUACCUCGACUCCUUUAAUUGGGACUCAAGAUGCCAAAGCUGCAAAGAACUGGGUUGCAAUUGGCUAGUCCCUCCCUCAGGUUGGAGAUACAACUGGCUGAGGCUCUCUGGGCCUCGAGAAGCAUUCCCUCACAGGAUUGGUCGCGGCUGCCAAGGACCCGCCUCCUUCGCGCACAGGGUUGGGUAAGGGAUUGUGGGCCCAGAGACCGAGUGCUUUGGCGAACAUGGCGGCGGACCUCCGUCAGAUUCCUGAUGUGGACAUUGAUUCAGAUGGUAUCUUCAAGUACGUGCUGAUUCGAGUCCACUUAGCAGAGCCUUCCGGGGAUCCGGCGAGGGAGUGCAAGGAAAUCGUGCGUGGCUACAAAUGGGCUGAAUACCACGCGGACAUCUAUGACAAAGUGUCAGGCGAACUGCAAAAGAAUGGCUAUGACUGCGAGUGCCUAGGCGGCGGGCGCAUCUCCCAUCAGAGCCAGGACAGGAAGAUACACGUGUAUGGCUAUUCUAUGGGUUACGGCCGUGCCCAGCACUCUGUUUCAACUGAGAAGAUCAAAGCCAAGUAUCCUGAUUAUGAGGUCACCUGGGCUGAUGAUGGCUACUGAAGCUCUCCCCACCAGCAUCUAAGUCAGGACUCUGCUCUCCCUGUAUUCUGUCUUGAGGGGCUGGCCCUGUGUUCUCCUUUUGUACCUUGGGCAACACACCACCUGCCAGGCCUUAGAGGCCAGAGCAAUCUGAUCCAUAGAAAUUAAAGUAUUGAUAUGCCUACUA